CAACUUUUUAAUCAGAGGUCAGUCCACAAUAUCUAUUGAAAAUGGCAACAUCUGUAGAUUCAGUUAAUCACAGUUCAGACUUUGUGAAGGACUAUUCUUGUGUUGCUUGCGAAAGUAAAAAUAUCGAACUAAGUGCUGAUAUCUUUUGUGAACAUUGUUUGAAGUGUUUCUGUCAAACAUGCCUUUAUCACCACGAUCAAAUAUUUGUCAACCAUGUAACAUAUGGAAGAGGAGAAUCAAAUGAAUGGCCUUUAACAAAGACAACCGAGGAUUUGCUACUGAAAUCAUAUAUGUGGCCCAAAUCGCUUAUUUUAUGAAUACUUUUGAAAUAUUGAAGAUAACAACUUGAUAUUUGGCAUGCAUGUGUAUCUCAUGGAGCUGCACAUUUUGAGUGGUGAAAGGUCAAGGUCAUGCUUCUUGGUCAAAUAUAUGGGUCAAAAUUGCUCAUGUAAUGUAACUUCUGCAAUAUUGAAGCUAGCAAUUUUAUAUUUGACAUGCAUGUGUAUCUCAUGGAGCUGCACAUUUUGAGUGGUGAAGGGUCAAGGUCAAGGUCAUCCUUCAAGGUCAAACGUCAUAAAGGAGGACAUUGUAUUUCACAAACACAUCUUGUUUCUUGCUUUAAUUAAAAUCUUGUACUACUCCAAAUAUUGGACACUUGUUAAAAUAAAUAAAAGAAAACUUUUUUAACAUUUGAAAAUCUGUGAACAAUUCCCUUUAACUUAAUAUUUAUUGCAAGUUUCACCCAUUGUCAGAAUACGCUUAUUACCCCUGUGAUAAGAAAAGUGUUUAACAGUUUAUAAACGAUAUCUCAUGGUUAGGUUUAUGGACUUUGUACCUUAUUGUGUGUGUCUUCAUGCAACACAUUAGAGUUUUGAUAACACUCGCUUUAGUUCAUAAACGUAGUAAAACUAAUAGUGAAUUCAUAACUUUUUAAUCAGAGGACAGUCCACAAUAUCUAUUGAAAAUGGCAACUUCUGUAGAUUCAGUUAAUGACAGUUCAGACUUUGUGAAGGACUAUUCUUGUGUUGCUUGCGAAAGUAAAAAUAUCGAAAUUAGUGCUGAUGUCUUUUGUGAAACAUGUUUGAAGUGUUUCUGUCAAACAUGCCUUUAUCACCACGAUCAAAUGUUUGUCAACCAUGUAACAUAUGGAAGAGGUGAAUCAAAUAAAUGGCCUUUAACAAAGACAACCGAGGAUUUGCUACUGAAAUGUGAUGUUCACAACAGCAAGACACUGAAAAUGUUCUGCCAGGACCACAGUCUGCUGUGCUGCUCUGAUUGUCUUUUAGUGAAUCACAGACAAUGUACGAAUGUGGCUCUAAUUUCUGAAUCAAUCAAAAAUCUGUCAGUGGAUAUCCGGCAGUUGUCAAACAAAAUUCAAGUAAUUCUUGCCGAUCUAAAUAAGUUUAAGAGAUCACAAGAGGCCAGCAUUCAUUUCGUGGAGGGAUCAUACAGCGAAAAACUGCAAGAAAUCAGAGAGGUGCGUAAGAAAUUAAAUGCUGAUUUGGAUGGACUAGAAAAUUCAACUUUGAAAGAACUAGAUACAAUAAGGUCUACAUUGCAAACCUCUCUCAAAAAAGAUGUUGACAACUGCAGCCGACUGAAGGAUGAACUGCAACAACUCAGUGAGGCUGUACAGGGCCUAUGUGAUAAGAGCAAGAAGGACAUUGAGUUCAUAGCCAGCAGGAAAUGCUUUGACAAGAUACUCGAGUCAGAGUCAUUUCUAAAGGAGAACUCAGUCAAGGUUCAGAGUUCCAUAAUAUUCAAGGCAAACAUUGACAUUGACCAGUACCUGACUAAACAGCCCAGUCUUGGAAAGAUUCUCACACUCAAGAUGAAUCCAAACCAGGUGUUGACAGUAAAGAGAAAGUCCGAAUAUAAUGUGAAAAUAUCAAGUGACACAAGUCCGACUUGCUCUAUCAAAGGCAUUUGCAGCCUGCCUAGUGGUCAUGUCAUUGUUGCAGAUUUCAGAAAUAAGAAAUUAAAACUGUUGGAUCAGAGUUACAAUGUGUCCGGUCACAGUGAUGUGGCUGAUACUCCACGUGACAUUUGCCCAAUAACAUCCAGUGAGGUGGCUGUGACUCUUGGUAAUACCGGUGUGCAGUUUAUGUCUGUGAGCAAUGGGCAGCUGGUGAAAGGGAGGAAGUUACAGUUACCACAUUUAGCUAAUGGCAUUACCCACCAUAAGGGAGCAUUGUAUAUCACGUCUGGCCAAGCUCUCUACCACUACAAAUUGACUGGGGCACUUGUGAAAAUGCUUUAUGAGGACAAAUCAGAUAUAGCUACUGGUAAAUGUAUUGAAAAUAUUGUUGAAUAUUGAACAUAUGGAACAUAU